GCCAUCCUCUUCCCGGGCCAGGGCACGCAGAAGGUGGGCAUGGCGGCGAAGCUGCUGGAGAACAAGACCGCGGCCGCCAUGUUCGAGAUGGCCUCAAAGGUUCUCGGCUACGACCUGGUCGGGCUCUGCGCGCAGGGGCCGCAGGAGAAGCUCGACAGCACGCUCUACUCGCAGCCCGCCAUCUUUGUCUGCUCGCUGGCGGCGAUGGAGAAGGCGAAGAAGGAGGCGCCAGAGAUGCUCAAGAAGGUCAAGGUGGCCGCGGGCUUCUCGCUCGGCGAGUACUCCGCCCUCGUCUUCGCCGGCGCGCUCACC